UUGCCUUGAGCGCAAUGAACAUCUUGUCACUAUAACAUCAAAAAAAGAAAUGACUUACAUCCAGUUCUUACUUCGAAGUCAGUUAUAUAAACAACGUGCGAUGCUAAAGCAUGGAGUAGAUGAGCAUACUAAUUCAGGAGCAUUUAUUGGUUUACGGCGAGUUAAAGAGAAACGAAGGAGGAAGAGUUUUUACUGGAUUAAUGAUCUCAGCGUUACUUUCAGUGCUUGGGGAAGCGGACAACCUGCAACUGGAGAUUGUACUUAUAUGUCAUUCGAGACUUUCAACACCAACAAUCUUUGGUCGACAGUAGAUUGUUUUGAUGAUUUGGUCGAUUUUUUCAUCUGCGAGAAACCAUUUUCUGAAGAUGAGUUUCAUACAAAAAACGAUAUCAAGGAGAAUGAAUGUACAAGUGUAUAUAGGACAGACGACUUCUUUGCCUCACCAUACUCUGGUAAAACUUGUAAAAAUUGGGGAAACCUGUCUGGCGAAGCUAAAGUUGAUUUUGACAAGAAGUUUUCUUCUUUGGGAAUUUCUUUAAACGAUUCGACUCUGUGUAUAGAAUUACCUUCAAAUGAUAUUCCUUGGUGUUACGUUAAUGACCCGGUCAAAUCUUUGCGGGAGCCGUGCUUUUUGUUUUUAAAUGACAAAGGAAACACCAUUUUCCCCGAAAAGGGGUUAUCUGGAAUGAACUGCUCUGAUGGAUUGUCAAUACCAAAAGUGAACUGGUGUGAUAGGAAUUUUGACUGCUUAGACUAUACGGAUGAAUUGUCAUGCAUGUAUAAUAUAUCAGAUCACACUCUAACGAAUACUGGCAAAACAAUGAUAAACACUCUAUUACCAAACCGACUCAAACACGAGGCGUUUUUCCGCUGUGAAAAAAGCAAGGAGUGGAUAUCUUCAUUAGCUAAAUGUGAUGACGUCAUCGAUUGUCUUGAUGCCUCGGACGAAGUCAUGUGUUUGCAGAACAAUAGUGCAUGUGGUGACUAUAAAUUUUCAUGUGAUGGUGGACAUUGUAUACACCCGAAUCUAGUUUGCGACUUCAUAACAGACUGUUCGGACGGUACAGAUGAAAUCUGCGAUUACCGCAUGUGUGAUGUCAAUGAAUUUCGUUGUACAAAUGGACAAUGCAUUACAGCAGACAAUCAAUGUAACGCUCUAUAUGACUGCUUUGAUAAUAGCGAUGAAAUAAAUUGUGACUCCUGCCGAAAUUCAUUUCUCUGUGUUGAUGAGUACAAAUGUAUUCCUGAUCGACUGACGUGUGAUAAUUACCCUGACUGUAGGGAUAAUAGUGAUGAACAGAAUUGCAUAGGUUUGAUUCCAACGACCGAUGACUUCAAUAUUGAAUACCUUCCAGGAAAACUCUCUGACAGUAAGUAG